CAGAGGAGCAGAGAAACAUCCUGCAGUACUGAGCUAAUAUCACUAGAGGGCGCCGCUAUCCGGCAGCCAUUCUUCAGCUACAGGUCAGAGAGCGCCUCGUCUCUAUGGCAACAUGAACGAGAAAUCUCCCCGCUGACUGUUCGAAAUGGCAGAGUUCGUGAUCAGGGCGUUUAAUGACAAAACAACUUCUUUAACACUAAGUUCAAGAAAACUAAAGAAAGUUCCAGAGUGUGUGUCUAUGUUACCCAGACUGUCGGUCCUCCAGCUGAAUAACAACUUUAUCAGCUCCCUGCCUGCAGAGCUGCUCUCUCUACAACAUGUGAGUCUUUUUCUUUAACAGCUCAUUUGCCUCUCUGGAAAAUACUCAAACAGAUCCUUCAGUGUUUAAACACAGAUUUGUGAUUAAAUAUGUUUUCUUCUUGCAAUGCCUGUGAGCUGUUGGAGCUGAAUUUGGGAAAUAAUGCCUUAGAGGAGGUCCCUGCUGUUCUGGGCCAUCUGGAGUCCUUGAAGAAACUGUAUUUGUUCAGCAACCGGAUUAGAGCUGUGCCACAUGAGGUGAUAGGUGGGUCCUCAUUGUUGCUGUUCAAUGAUUAUGACCUAAAGCAAAAAUCUGCACCUUUAUUUUCAUUUGCUUGACGAUAUGUCAUCAAUGCUUCACAGGAGGCUUAAAGAAGCUUGUUGUGCUCAAUCUAAACCACAACCACAUCCAGAGACUUCCAGCAGAGAUUAAAUGGUAAAAGAUCCACAUUUCUGUACUCACGUAAGUAAUUCAUGUGCACAAAAGGAUUAAUUUGAGUUUCUAUUACUCUUUCUCAUUAGUUUGACUAGACUUGAACAUCUCAGUGUGCUGGACAACAAACUGGAGGAGAUCCCAGCUGAGGUGUGUCAUCUCACCUGUUUGUCUGUUUUAAACCUGACUUCCAACAACUUGACUCACCUGCCUCAGCAGCUGUACCAGUGUAAAGGGCUAACAAAGCUGCAUGUAGCCAGAAACAAGCUGACCAGCCUGCCAGAGGUGGGUGAUCAUACAUCCUGUUUUUUAUUUUGAUGGAGUGAUGUAUCCUAUUAUUCUACCCCAAGAGAUUGUUUCUGCUGUUUACUGCUGACAGGUUCUUGCAGUUUACCUUUCACCUUAGUCUCUAAUUGCAUUUCGAGGGGUUUUUGUAUUGCAUUGCAAAAUAUAUCAAUUUUCUCCUGUAGAAUUAAUCCUUGCUAUAUUCUCAGAUGGUAGGUAGUGUGAGUGGAAGGAAAAAAAUCUCAAACAAGAUAUGAAUUCUCAAAAAUGAGAAGAACAUUUAUUAGGCUACAUAUCCCCUACAGAGGAAGACAAAUAAAAUAUUAGUACAACAUAAGUCCAACAAAACUGGUUGUACUCACAGCCUUACAUCUAAUGUGCCACACAUCUCUCAGACUGCUGAUUUCACUCAGCUCAUAUGCUCCACUACCUGCAGCUUUAAUCACAGCCUCACAGAAUUCAGGUGUGGCCACUCUCACCUGCAGGCAAUCCAAGUGAGAGAAGCUGCAGCAAUAACAAAAGGGAAAACAGGUCUGAAGACAGGAUUCCCCCAAAGAAAAAAAAAACUGCACACACCACAUAUUUAGAGUGAAAUGUAAACAUCAUAUGCAUUUAAUAUGCUUCAAACCAAUAUUGCUUGGGUGCUAGAGGAAUGUGCACCUUCCUUGAGCCUUAACAAUAAUUGAUGAGGACUCUAUGGCCUCAUAACAAUCCUAUUGUGUGCAACAACACGUCAACACUCUUGAAAAACUUUAUUUUACUCCUCAGUGUGGCAGAUGAAUAACUGGACACUGAUUUUCUGCAGGGAAUUCAGACACUGCCUAAACUCCAAGUUCUGGAUGUGGCCGGUAACAAGCUGUCCAUGUUUCCUGUUGGGGUACGGUAAACAGUAUCAGCCCAUCAUGCUACAGUGAAGUCUAAACAUAUAUGAAAUCAAUCUUCACUGAAUGAAAUGGGACAUUCCUCUGUUCAGUUUCACCAGCUGCACCUGAAGGAGCUUUACUUUGAAGAUAACAGGCUUGUGCGCUGUGAGCCCAUGUCGUCAGUGCAGGAUGUGCAGGUCUUUACAUUAAAGGUAAAAAGCCAGCAGACUGGAUUAUAAUAUUGUUUGGACCGUUUGUAUCUUAUUUAUUUAUCUUUGUUUCUAAGGAGCUGGUUGCAAGAUUUGUCCUGCGUGAGAAGAGGGACAGGUCGUCUCCAGUUAAUAGGACACUCCCUCUCUUCCCAUCCUUGGUAACGCUGUUAGCUAACAGCAGCUGUUGUGCGGUCUGCCUGAGCCCCUUCCUCACCACCUGGCUGCAGUGUGUGCAUUUUAUCAGUUUAAAGAAGGUGUGCAAAGACCCUCUUGGAGACUUCAAUCCAAACUAUAUGAUUCUGUUGUUCAUGUUAAGGGUUUCAUGAAUGGAUUUGUAAUACUAACCUGAGAGAGAUAACUACAGAUAAACAGCAGCUGAUGGAUUUGUUGUGUUGUUUGUGUCUAUUACAGGACAUGAACAUGAGGAGUUCUCAGUCUAUUCCAGUGCGAGCUCUUCUGUGUUCCUACAAAUGCUUCAAUACAGACGGACACCCUUACUAUGGUGUUGCUUCAAGAUAAGUGAAAUGAAAUAAAAGUUCAUCACAGAGGUAAAAUCCAUCAAAACAACCUCUAACACAUCUUAUUUCGUUAGUUUGAAGACACAAAUCUACUUUUAUAAUAGAGUUUUGCAGAGAACUGGACUUCGUAUUGUAGUUUUAUGGCUAAAUUACAGUUUAGGCUGGUUUUUGUCUUUUCAAAUCUCUCCGAUUGUAUUUAUCCCUGUGGUCACUAGAUGGCAUUGAAUGAACACGAGAAACUAUUCAUCACUGCCGAGAGCCGACACUGUCUUCACGCUCAAUACAGACUUCAGUUCAGACUGAGAGCAUGGAGAAUAUGCUGUUUGUCAGAUAUACCUGUUAUUAAACUCUCUGUAAGAGAGAUUCCUGUGCUACAGCUGGAUAGCGCCUCUGCAAACCAUAACUUAAUGUAUGAUGAUUUGCAUGUGCAAUACUUACGUAGAUGCCCUAGGCCUGAUUUCAAACAUUUUUAACCAGCUAAAUUUGGGUGACAUUAUCAGUUUGUUUUAUGAUUUUGAAAGUUUGUUUACUUCAGUGCAGAUUUCAUUAUUGUAAAGGGGGCAGUUAAAUGUAAAUCAUAUCAAACAAUAAAUUAAUUCAACACUUCAGUUGACAAAUGACUUUCUGAACUUGCCUCUCACACCAUGUCAAGUUAACAUUUAUUAGAUACCCCCUCGAAAAUGAGAUGAUGAAUCUCAAGGGGCUAUCCUAAAUAAUAAGGUACUGCAUUUUAACCACUGGAAGGAUAUUCAGAGAGAGAGCACUUUUGACCUCAAAUUUGCUGGCAUCAGGCACCCAUUGGGUAUUAUGUUUAAUCCAUUGAACCUUUUAACAUUUAAUCUACAAGAAGGGCAUCCACAGGGGCACUUUAACGCUCUCUAUACUUAAAGUGGAUCCAGAGGGCACUAGUUCUUUGUUAUAUCCACUGGUAGGGCAACCGGAGGGCAUUUUUCAAAUGUUGUAUCUACUGGAAGGGCAUCCAGGGGGCACUUUUAAUGCUCUUUAUACUAAAAGUGGAUCCAGGGGGCACUAGUUCUUUGUUAUAUCCACUGGUAGGGCAUCCAGAGGAACAUUUUAAUGUUGUAUCUACUUGAAUAGCAUCUGGUGGGCACUUUUUACACUUUACCCAUUUGUACUUACAUUGUCAUAUAUACCAAAAGUGCACAUCACGGGUACUUUGUUAGAUCAUACCCACUGGAAGGGUAUCUAAAUUAGCAAUUUUACAAUGUCUUGCAUUGGAUGGCCAUCCAGAGGGCCCCUUUUUGUAUUUUAUACAUACACCCGAAGGGCAUCUAGAGGGUACUUUUUCAUGUACUAUCUACUAGAAGAGGAUUCAGCAUGCACUAUUUACUGAAUUAUAUACUGUGAGGGCAUCCAGAGGACAUGUUUUGUCACUCAAAGAAGCAGUCUCUCAUGUAUUUUCCAUGGAUUGGGCACCAGAUGGGUAGUUGAUUUUGUUUUAUUCCCAUCAGGAGUAUCCAAAGGUCAAAAGUCAAACACUGGUGAUUUUAUUCUGUUACUACAAGAAUUGGAAAACUAUGAUAUUCAUCUUUCCCAUAUUUUGGCUGAGUGAAUCUAUGAGAUCCUAUUCUCUUGACUUUAGUGUUCAGGGUGUACUGAGACUUCAUCACUGCCCUGUCUCUAUCUCCAUCCUCAGCCAGAAGCAUCUGUUCCAACCUGCCAGACAACAGAGAGAUAGAGAGAGGGAGGGCAGGAGGAAGAGAGAGAGACAGAGAGAGAGAGAGAGAGAGAGAGAGAGAACUUCAUUUCUAGCAAAUUAAUUUCCCAUCCACGCCUCCAGAGCUUGCUCACUCGUUCACUGGCUGCUGCGGCCGCUGCUGCGUGUGUCUACUGAGUCGGAGCCUCAUGCAUAAGGCAUCAGGUUUAAUUGCAAACCCAGAAACUAAUGACUUUGGACUGGUUAACAGCAGGGGAGCCAUACAUCUCGAGCAAACUGAAUGAAAAAUCAGCUCGGAGGAGAGAAAAAAAGAAGCCUAGCCCCUAAUUGAUGAAUAAUUGAAGCGGCGAGCUACAGGGCAUAAUUGUGACAUUUUGUUUCAAUCAAUUUCCAAGUGGUGUGGGCGAAAGUGCACUUAAAGGGAAAAGGCAAUGACAAAGAAUAAGAGAGGGAGGGUAAGAGAGAAGGGGGGAGACAGAUAGAGUGGUCAGGGAUGGAAAUGGACAUUGGGUCUUCAGUCAUUGCGGUGACAUUUUCUGGAGUGAAAAAAUCUGACUCAUUCAAACACGGUCUUUUCUUUCCAUCCUGUCUCACUCUGUAGGUUUCCUGUAAACUCCUGUUUGGCUGUGUUGGGUCACUUUUGAUUAUGUUGUUUGUGUCUGAAUUAUUUUGUUUGUGUACCAUUAGAGUAAAAUGGCGUAUAGCCAAGUCGAACAUUACACCGGUUAGUCUCAGAUGGACGGAUCUAUGGAGUCAGGCAGACAAAGAGCACAGCUAUUUUAGAUUAGGGCUCAUUAGAAAACCUGUUAAGGGUUGUCUAUAAACAUGGCUUAUAAAUAGGUCAUUGUGCUGGUGGUAAACUAAUGGGGGAGAGGCUAACAGUACGUGCCUCCUUGAACGUAGCAGAUGUUGGAUCCUGAAGCACUGGAGUCGCAGCAGCAGUGCCAGGAGCUCCGAGGCCUCAGGACUUGUCUGUAGUCUGCUGGCGGUCUGGUGUCUGGUGUCAGGCUUUACAUGCAUCUGUUCACACACACACGUACGCUUCUUAAACAAUCCUUCCACCCACUCUGCAUUGAUGACAUAUCAUCAAGCUAAUUUUACCCCCAUCGCUUUGUUUUCAUGAAAACAAACAGUCGCACCCCCACAUUUAAGCUCACACACUUUCUCCAUAAUACUGAGCCGUCCCUUAUGAUUGCCAUUUCAGAAAGCCGUGUGUGUGUGUGUUUUUUGAAAAACCAUGCACCGCUUGAUUGACGUCUAUGGAAAUGAGGAGGUUGCAUCCUCAAAGGAGACACCAUACGGAUGGGAGCAGCACACUGACGAGAGGCAUCUACAAAAGGCGCUUGUAAAUUCCUGACAUGCCUAGCAUAUGUUAAUGAGCCAUUCUCUUGCUCUGAUAUAAUUACUACGAGGGGAUAUUGCCUUUGGUGAAAAUAUCUGUCUCACAUGGUGCAGCUACCUCAUGGGGGUGAAAGAAGUAAAGAAUGAUAAAGUAGCGGGCGCAUAAAUUCUCAUUUACCAUGCUCGGAGGUAAGGAGAGUGAUGUUGGCAAAUUCACUCAGGAUGAUAUAUUGGGGGAAGGCACCUGGGGUUCAUUACAUACCUCCUUUGUUAAAGCGCUUUCUGCAGUCGUGUAGCGUUUGUUAGGGGGUGUUUAGCCUGUCUUGUCAUUUGGAGCGCUUACUUAGGAUGUCUUCAGAGAAGCCUAUGGCUGCUGCAGCUCUGGUUGCAUCUUGAGGCUUGAAAGGAAAGUGAUCUAAAAACAGAAAUAAGGAAACUAGAGAAGAGCUUUCAUGGUAACGGAUAUGACAAAGCUAUCUGUGUUUGUUUCUGGAGGUCAUACAAAAACCUGCAAAAAAUCUCUGUAUUGUUUUUCUCUGAGUCUUUCAUUUGAUUCUCCGCUUCAAGCUUGAUGUCAUUUGCAUAAAUAAUCUUGGUUGUAUAUCACUUUGUUUGUUUAGUGUCAAAUCAGCCCAUAUUCUGUUCUAUUAUUUAGAGGAGAGAUUCAUAAUUUUAUUGGCAUUGUAUCAGUAAAGGCAGAUAAGAACAUUUCUGCAGACAUAUUUAUCAUUCAAAAUGGUGAUGCAUUAAUUAUGUGCAUGCAGUGACAACUUGCAUGUUGGCCGUACAGGAGUGGUUGAAGUGUUGGAAACAGACAGAUAUACAUUUUUUCUACUUUAUUAGUUAGAGGCAGCUGUGACAAUAUGUUACUGAGUGAAAUAUUUUUCUGUCUACAUUUUUCUUAUUAGUUCAGCAAUAUUGUCAAAUGCUAUCUAUGAGAUAUCAGUGUAACAUAUUGGCUGACCUGCUUUCUCAUUAUUGGUAUCAACACCAGCUGUUGAAAAACUGAUAUCAGUCGACUACUAGUGUUGAUAUCAGUAUCAAAUCAAAUCAAAUUUUAUUUGUAUAGCGCCAAAUCACAAAAACAGUUGUUAUCCUAAGACACUUUCCAAGAAAAGAAAUAAAAAUAAAAAAGGAGAAGGUCUAGACCACGCUCAUUGUCAAUACCAGCUAAAAUGAGUUUGGAAAUAUCAACAUAUCAGAUGUUGGCCAAAUCCACCAGCCUGCGUCCCCAAUUUGUUCACCUUGGGGAAAACUUAACUUCAACCAGCAGAAACCUCAUCCCAGUAACGAACACUGUCACUGCAUUAAAUCCCCACUGCAAUACUCGUUAUUUUUAGGCAUCCAGUCAAGCAAUGAUUGUGGUCUUCACCUCAGAAGAAUGAUUUGACACCAGCUCACCCUGAUUUCUCCUCUCCUCUUCUCUCCUCAGGGUAGCAGCAGAGGUGCUAUUAAAAUGAGCAGCAUUGAUUGCUGAAUUAGGGGCCUUCUGAGUGGAGAGAGAAAAAGCAGGUACUCGAUAACGGGCGGUAGGCCCGUGUCAUACCCAGGAGUGUGGACCACUCCAAUCAGUAGGAUCUAUUGUUGUGCAUCGCUGCCCAUGACAAAUCUUGGUAUCGAGCCACUGGCAGAGUACCAGGGUAUUGUCUGCUUGAUGACUGCACAAUCAAUCCUGCUGUUUGUAAUAUUUUUGUUCACUAGGGGGCAGUAGGAUUCUCUGCUGCCUCUGGAGCUGAUGACAUCCACUGAUGCACAGCAACACUGAGACAUGCCUGAUGAAGCUAAGAGAUAGAGCAGCUAAUAAAAGCAGAGACAAUGAGCUCUUAUUGGAAUUCAAAGAUUAAUUGAAACUCGAGCAUCAGAUCAGAGCGUGUGAGGCUGUGAAAUCCAAAAAGUGCAACCCUGUUCAAGAAAAAAAAGGGAAUGCUUGCUUGCUCUCAGUGAUGCAUAUCUGCAGAAAAAGAGCUGGCAGUUACACCAGAUGUACAAGACAAUAACUGUGCUAUCGCUUCAUCAGGAUUCAAUAAAGGGAACACCCUUGAUUUAGAUAAGACAGUGGGAAA